AUGGCAGGAGACUCGGGAGUUCGCUGUUUUCAGGUCAUCCUCAUUUUUGGCAAUGUGGUAAUUGGGCUUGCCGGUCUCGCCUUGACAGCAGAGUGCAUCUUUUUCGUGUCGGACCAGGAACGCCUCUACCCAUUGCUUAAUGCCACUGGUAAUGAUGACCUCUUUGCGGCUGCCUGGAUUGGGAUCUUCACUGGCUUCUGCUUCUUCCUGCUAUCCAUCCUGGGAAUUGUUGGCAUCAUGCAAUCCAACAGGAGGAUGUUAAUGGCGUAUUUAAUCCUGAUGUUUGUCGUCUAUUGCUUUGAAGUGGCCUCUGCAAUUACUGCAGCAACUCAAAGAGACUUUUUCACCACGAACCUUUUCCUACAGCAAAUGUUGAAGUAUUACCAGAACAACGAUCCAAAUCAGAUCAACGACGAGGUGAUAAAGACCAAUGGUGUGACCGACACAUGGAACUCCCUCAUGCUUUUGAAGAAGUGCUGCGGUGUGUCUAGCCCCUUGGACUGGCAAACCUUUAACUCCUCAUUCCGGACCUACAACAUGGACUCCGCCUACCCCUGGCCAAGGCAAUGCUGCGCCAUGAACAGUCUAGGAACCCCUUUGGACGUUAAUGGGUGCAGGCUGGGCAUCUCGGGAUACCUCUAUCUAAACGGCUGUUACGACUUUAUUGCUGGUCCAUUGAAUCGCCAUGCUUGGGGUAUUUGUUGGUUCGGAUUUGCAAUUCUAUGCUGGACGUUCUGGGUGCUGCUUGGAACCAUGUUCUACUGGACCAGAAUUGAAUAUUAA